GGAUGUUUGGCCAAUCGCUCCCCUCUGGAGUCGGGCCACAUGCAAUGACAUGCUUCAUAUUCUAGGUCCGUUGCUGUUUUGGCUGAAGAGGAGACCAGCCUGCCCGGUGCGGGCGUCGCGGCCUGGCGGCCAGAAUCCUGUGGCCCAGCCCCGCGCCCGCUGAGCCGCUGGGAGGUGCUCGCCGCCAUGACGCAGGACAUCACGCUGAAAGCGGCGCAAGCCGACACCUUUUACUACCCGCCAGAGUGGGAGCCCUCCAGGGGCAGCCUGGACCGCUUCCAGCGAGAACGGGGUUACGAGCACCAUUUCGGCAAGUCCCGGACCAAGAAUUUGCACAAGGGUAUCCUUGUGAUUCGGUUCGAGAUGCCUUUCAAGGUGCAGUGCCUGCGGUGCGAGACGUACAUCGGACAGGGUACGCGGUACGACGCGGACAAGAAGAAGGUCGGCAAGCAUUUUUCGACCCCUAUCUACGAGUUUAGCAUGAGGUGUGGUUGCAUCGUCGCGCCGGACAAGUCUGCGGAUGGUGGUGUGCACUGCAACCAGCACUUCAGGAUACGCACCGACCCCCAGAACAGCGACUAUUUGCUGGUCGAGGGCCUCCGCCGCAAGGUCGAGACUUGGGACGCACAGGACUCGGGGUCGCUCCAGCUCCACGACGCGGAGACGCGGGCGAAGAUGGACACGGAUCCGAUGUUUAAGAUAGAGACGAACACGCGGAACAUACAGAAGGAGAAGAGCGACAAGGAGAGGCUGGAAGACCUGCAGGAGCUGCAGGGCGAGCGCGAGGACAGCUACUCCCUGAACUCCAUGCUCCGGCGUCGGCACCGCGAGCGGAAGGCGGAGGAGCUGGCCGCCGAGGAGGCCGCCCGAAGGGCCCCGAGGCCGAACUUCGGGGUCGCCCUGCUCCCGCCGAGCGCCGACGACGCGGCGGAGGCGCAGGGCGUGGCCUUCCGGACCGACCACAGCAAGGUCGACGCCGCCGCGCGCGUGGCCGCGAAGAGGGCCGCGCCCAUCCUCGCGAGGGCGGCCGCGAGGGGUGCCGCCGCGGCCACGCCGGCGGCCGUGCUGGCCGCCAAGAGGCAACGCCUCGCGCAGCACGCGCGCAUGGCGAGGCUCUUCGGCUGACCAGGCCCCGAACAAAAGAGCGCUGCCCGACCUGACGCUGCGGUGUCGGCACCCGGG